AUGCAAGCACCGAAGAUUUUCAUCACCGGUACAACCGGGUAUCUCGGUGGUACAACUCUUGACUUGCUGUCAAAGACUUUCCCAGCCGCAGAAUACUCUGUUCUGGUGCGAACAAAAGCACAAGCUGACGCCAUCACAUGGGCCUACCCCUUCGUAACGACAAUUCUGGGUGACAUAUCCUCGAAGGACAUUGUGACAGCCGCCGCAGAUGCAGCCGAUAUUGUCAUCGACAUUGCUGGAGACAAUGAAUCGGGCAUUCAUAACAUUUUGUCCGGGCUAGCCGGUAAGCGGGACAAGGGCACGUUGAUCCACGUCUCCGGGAUCACCUGUCUCCUUGACCCAGCCAGUCUCAAUCUAGGCUACGCUGCACCUCGUGUCUACAACGAUGCGGAUGACAAAGCGGAAAUCGUGUCCUUUGGAUCGGAUCGGGAACACGCAGCGCUAGACCAGAGCAUCAUGCGGGCUCCGGAAGAAAUGGGCGUCAAAACAAUCAUUCUGAGCUCUUGCCAAAUCAUGGGCAACGGUUCGGGACCAUGGAAGAAGGAGUCCUUUGGCCACGGAUACGUUAAGACAGUCCUCGGACGUGGAAAAGGUUUUGUGGUCGAGAAGGGCGAGAAUGUGUGGAGUUGGUGCUCUGUCCGGGAUGUCGCUUCCGCCAUCGUCUUCACCCUGGGCAAGGUUAUCAGUGGCUCUCCGGAUAUAGAGUAUGGACAGGAUGGGUAUUACUUUGUCCAAACUGGAGAAGUGAGCUUCAGAGAGCAGGCCCAGGCUGUGGCGACGAAGCUCCAGCAGCUUGGUAAACUGGACACCGACGCCAUCGAUGAGUUGACUGUCCCUCAUGCGACUGAGAUCCAUCCCUACGCCGGCCUUCUAUGGGGGGCAAGCUGUCGUAGCAGAGCUGCUCGUCUGCGGUCUAUUGGAUGGUCACCUCAGGAGACAGACUGGAAACCUCUUAUGGAUGAGACUGUCGUUGCGGUCGCCAGUGUUUGA